GUGGAAGCAUCAUGGAUUGGAUCAUCGCGGUACUUUCCGAAUUUGUCAAGAUCGUAUCCGGUAACUGUUCCUUAUGGACCAAUCCAACCGCCAUCAUUGAGCUUGAAGCCUCGAUGCUGUGGCUGAUGCUGACACAGCCCGCAAAGCAUGCCCUAUCUUCUUCAAUCUAUGUUGAUUUUAAUAAUGGCCUCAGAGGUUUCGAAGGGAAUAUAAAUACAACAGUCGGAUCACUUCUGGGCUUCUCUCGCCCAAUUCAAUUUUCCAGAUCCGAAACCUAUCGACAUGUUUGUAGCGGCAAAAUACAUCCAUCGAAAGAUGAAAUCCAGGCAUCGGAGCCCGAAUAAUGACUCCCCAAAGCUGUUCACAAAGAAAGCUGCUUGUCCACACUCGCGGCCAUUUCAGGUUGAACUUGCAAGUAGGGGAUCUGCUGAAUAUCAUAGGACUACAACAGCUUCAACAACAGAAGAGGACAGGGUUCUAGUAUCUCAGGACUUGCCAAAGGGCAACGAAAAGUGCCACGCUUGCAAGAAGCAGAAGUAUGACGCUCGUGUCUACCGAUGGAAGCUUAUCGCUGGACUGUCCCUACCGUUUAUACUGGCAACGUUGGACCUCACAAUUGUUGCUACGGCGCUACCAUCUAUAGCCUCUCACUUUAACGAGUUUGAUGAGCUGAAUUGGAUUGUGACGGCUUUCACAUUGACCUCCACCACCUUUAUUCCCAUCUUCGGUCAGUUUGCCGAUGUCUUCGGGCGUGGCGAGACUCUCCAUCUCUCUCUGUUUUUAAUGAUCAUUGGAAGUGUGCUGUGCGCAGCUGCACAGACAUGGGGGAUGCUUCUCCUAGGAAGAGCCCUGCAGGGUGUCAGCGAUGCCGGGUUGAUGAACGUGGUGAUGAUUAUCCUCUCAGACAAAGUGUCCCUGAAGGAAAGCGCAAAGACUAAAUCCCUCUUCUCCCUUGUCGCUGGUAUAGGCUACGCCGUCGGACCAACCGUUGGAGGCUACUUAACAGAUGCCAACUGGAGAUACUGCUUCGUAAUAUCCAUACCUAUCGCCGUGGUCUCCCAUAUACUAGUCUUCAUACUCCUGCGCAAUGACCUCGUCGAAGGGACAAUGUUCAAGAAGGGCUCUCGCCUAUCAGGGAUCCUCCCCGCCCUCGCAACCGUCGACAUCAUCGGCUCAAUCCUCUUCCUCUUCGGCGUCGGGCUCAUCAUCCUAGCCACCGCCUGGGGAGGAGCCAGCUAUGCCUGGUCCGCACCUCAAGUCCUCACCCCACUAAUAAUAGGCAGCAUCUGCUUCGUACUAUUCUUCAUUUAUGAGUACUUCCUUGAACCAGGUCGUAUCUUCGCCCGCACAUUCCCAAAACAAGUAGCCAUGCUUCCCUACGGUAUGUUCACCCGAACUGACACAAUCUGGCUCGCCAUCGUCCAGUUCUCCACCGGAGCAGCAAUGUACUCCAUCUUCUACUACAUCGGUAUCUACUUUUCCCUCGUAGAAGCCUACCCAGCCUCAAAAGCAGGCAUUCAACUCCUCUACUACAUCCCCGGCAUGGGCGCGGGUGUCUACAUCGCCGUCUUCAUGUGUAACGUCUGGCCCGCGCAGACCUUCUUCCCCCUCAACCUCGGCACAAUAAUCAGCACCGCCGGCCUCGCCAUCCUCGUCUAUGCCAUCGGCACCCAAAACACCCCCGUCAUCAACGCUAUGAUGGCCCUUACCGGCGUCGGAACAGGCCUCCGCUUCAUGCCGGCCACGCUGCACAUGGUGGGCGUGUGGCCGGAGAAGAUCGCGCCCGCGCAGUCACUGAUGCGGUUUGCGCAGCCGUUCGGCGGGACCCUCUGUUUGACUAUUAUGGGGAGUGUUUUCAAUAAUAAGUUUGCGGGGGGGUUGGUGGUCUUAGGUUCGAAUGGGGGGGCGAUUGAUGUUCAUGAUACGGGAUCUUUGGCGGUUGUUGAGGGUUUGUCGGCGGAGGCGCAGAGGGCGGUUAGGGGCGCUGGGAAGGAGGCCAUUAUGUGGGCUUUUAUUGCUAUAUUGCCGGUUAUGGGGGUGAGUUUGGUGACGGGGUUGUUGGUUGGGAAUGUGUGGGUUAGGCCUGGGGUGGAGGAUGAGGAGAGAGAUGCGAGCGAUGGGGAAAGGCAUAGUGAGGUGAUUUAUGUGCCGUAUCUGUGGGCUUUAUGGAAGGGUAAUAUCGACACAUAUAAGAAAACUAACAGGACGUUACCACCUGCAGAGACUGGGAAGUCGUCCAACCACGAUAACAACUCAUAAUAUCCUUUAUAUUGAUUGGAUACCAAAUAGAUAGAUAGAUAUAAUAUAGACAAUAGCACCAUGAAAAAAAGAAAACACAUUCUCCUAAAUGAAGCACCACAUAACCCAUCCCCUUAACAUUAACCCUCACUGCAAAAACAAUAGGGGAAAAAAGGAUCACCUCAAAACACCCCCAACACCAGCCCACCCAAGCACAAACCCAGACAGUGCCUCCCCGAAAACCCCACCCC